AUGGAGGAGCGCUCGCACCGGGCGCUGCUGGCGCUCGUGCUGCUGCUGCUCUUCGCCGUGAUCGUGCUGCAGUACGUGUGCCCGGGCACCGAGUGCCGCCUGCUGCGGCUCCGCGCGCUCAGCCCCGCCGCCGCCGCCGCCGGCGCGGGGGGGGACCCGUACGGCGCCGAGGACGAGACGCCGCCGCGCUUCGUGCCGCGCUUCAACUUCUCGGCGCGCGACCUGCUGCGCCGCGUCGACUUCAACAUCAAGGGCGACGACCUGAUCGUGUUCCUGCACAUCCAGAAAACGGGCGGCACCACCUUCGGCCGCCACCUCGUGCGCAACAUCCAGCUGGAGCAGCCGUGCGAGUGCCGCGCCGGGCAGAAGAAGUGCACGUGCCUGCGGCCCGGCAAGCGCGAGACGUGGCUCUUCUCGCGCUUCUCCACGGGCUGGAGCUGCGGGCUCCACGCCGACUGGACCGAGCUCACCAACUGCGUGCCCGCGCUCGUGGACGGCAAGAGGGAGCUGCGCCCGCGGCCCUCCAGGAACUUCUACUACAUCACCAUCCUGCGCGACCCGGUGUCGCGCUACCUGAGCGAAUGGCGGCACGUGCAGCGCGGCGCCACGUGGAAGGCCUCCCUGCACGUCUGCGACGGCCGCUCGCCCACCACCGAGGAGCUGCCCAGCUGCUACGCGGGCGACGACUGGUCGGGCUGCUCGCUGCAGGAGUUCAUGGAGUGUCCCUACAACCUCGCCAACAACCGCCAGGUCCGCAUGCUCUCCGACCUCAGCCUCGUGGGCUGCUACAACCUCUCCGUCAUGCCCGAGGAGCAGAGGAACAAGGUUCUGCUGGACAGCGCCAAGGAGAACCUCAAGCGCAUGGCCUUCUUCGGCCUCACCGAGUUCCAGAGGAAGACUCAGUACCUCUUCGAGAAGACUUUUAACAUGAACUUCAUCUCGCCGUUCACCCAGUACAACAGCACGAGGGCCUCCAGCGUGGAGAUAGACGAGCAGACUCAGCAGCGCAUCGAGGCGCUCAAUUUUUUAGACGUGGAACUGUACGAUUACGCCAAGGACCUUUUCCUGCAGAGGUACCAGUACACGCGGCAGAAGGAGCACCAGGAGGCGCGGCGGAAGCGCCAGGAGCAGCGCAAGAUCCUGCGGGCGCAGCAGGCGCUGCGCCGGGAGCGCGCCGACAACGGCUCCGCCAYGGACUACACGGGCAACGUGGAGCGGUGGCGGCGGUAGUGGCGGCUCCGCGGCCCAACGAGCGCCCCAUCCGUGCGCAUCCCGCUCCGGGAGCAGCCGGAGCCACGAGGCGAGGUGGAAACGUUGCCUUUGCAGUUGCCUUUGCGGUAAACGUCGUCCUGUCCGUGGGACGCUUCAUCUUCGCGUGUAAUUAAAUUGUCCUUUUCAGCUCGGGUGGGUUAUUGAUGAGAGGCGGGAGCCGAGCGGGCUCGUCGGAAAUGGCUGCUUGGACGGUUAUUAAAAAAAUAAGAUCCUUAAAUUAAGUUACGAGUACAAAAUGGGAUGCUGGAAAAUGGUUCUGAUGCUCUGCUAAAUCUAUCUGGGAAGCCAACUCAUUUCCUAAUAAUGAGCAUUUAACAUACCCUCACAAUACAGUAUACGCGCAAAACCUUUUCCCUUUGAUUUUGUCUUAAUUUCGUUUUAAUAAUGUGUUUUCCGAGGGCACCAACUGCUUCUGAUAUUUACCAAGUUAACGAAUGGACAAYGUAGGGAAAAAAUAAAGGUCUUGAAAAAAUACCGACUAGUUUUAUGUAUAAUAUUGGCUUUUAAAAGGAAUAGAAGUAAUUUGUCUAGUUAUAUAAAUAUUUAAAAUUUUAAACUUUUUCUACCUACUGCUGUUUAGAGUUUUAAGCUUGGUCUAGCUCAUAUUAAAAAAAAAACAAACAUACUUUUCUGAACUGAAUGCCAAUGUUAAGCAAUUUCCAGGGUUUUUCAGGGCAGUAUAAUUUUAACCCUUCUGGAGAAGUUACAGCCCAUCCUCAUGUUUCAUAAAGCCUUUUCCCAAUGAUACUCCUGCGACRGUAUCUGCUUUUACAUCUUUCCUACCCGUUCGAACGCAGAAUUUAUCAAUCCUUAAUAACUGGGGACACAAACCAGGUGGAAUUUGUUGCGGGUAUUUGUGUAGCACCUCUAAAAAGUCAUAAAAUGCCCUAAUCCCAYGAUAUCACGGAGAGAAUUACUCGAUUGAAGUGGAUUUUCCCUUCAGUUGUGGUUUGCUCCYGGGAAAGCGUCACCACGCGACGGGAAAACGGGGCUUUGUCUUGCUCUGCUCC